CUCAAACAAACAAAAAACAGCACACACAUACAGUCUUCUCUCUCUUGUCUUUGUGAACAACAUUGUAUACAAAAAAUCAAAAACAUGCUUUAACACGUGCUUCUCAAUCUCACUCAUUACUUUCCUAGACUUUUCCAUUGACUCUUUCUUCUUCUUUCUCAUCACUUCUCAACAAACAAACUUCUCAAGAGAGAGAGAGAUUUUUGUUUCCAUAAUUUUUUUCCAAUGAAAGGGGAAACAAAAAUGAAGUCAAAAAUGAAAUGGGUUGGCUUAAUUGGAAUUGUUCUUUCAGCUUUUUCAAUCUUCAUUCACUUUCUUCUAGCUAGAUUCACUCAACUUGGUGUUUCUGAUUAUCAAUCUUCUGUUACUAUCUUCUCCUGGAGACCCAUCUUUGAUCAACCAGAUUUUUCCACCAAUGGAGGUUCAUAUAGAAGAUUAUGGGGGCAAGUAAAGCUUUUUGAAUCUUUGUAUCCAGAUUCAGUUCCAAGAGGGGAUUAUCCUGAACAUGGUUCGCAAACAAACGGGUUUAUUUUUGUUCGGAUACAAGGUGGUUUUCACGAGAUCAGGAAUUCGAUAUGUGAUGUGGUUGUGAUUGCUCGACUUCUUAAUGCUACAUUAGCGAUGCCUGAAAUCCAAUCAACAACCAGCAGCAAGGGAAUAAGCUCUCAGUUCAAGAGUUUUGCGUACCUAUACAACGAGGACCAAUUUAUAGUCUCAUUAGCGAAAGACGUCAAAAUCGUGAGAACUCUUCCAAAAUAUCUAAAAGGUGCAAGGAGAAAAAAGGAGAUUCCGGUGUUUAAAGUGCCGUAUUCGGCAUCACCUUUUUAUUACUUGCAUCACGUUCUCCCGAUAUUAAAGAAGCAUUCAGUGGUUGAACUAGUUGUUUCCAACGGUGGAUGCUUGCAGGCCAUUCUUCCUCCCGAUUUCGAAGAAUAUCAAAGGCUGAGGUGCCGAGUUUCUUUUCAAGCUCUUCAGUUCCGACAGGAAGUCCAAGAACUGUCCGCUAAGAUUUUGCAGAGGUUACGAGCUCCCAGUCGUCCGUUCAUUGCCUUUGAUCCUGGCAUGACGAGAGAGUCUUUAGCUUAUCAUGGUUGUGCCGAACUAUUCCAGGAUGUACAUAAUGAACUCAUUCAACACAAGAGAUCUUGGAUGAUAAAACGCGGGAUUGUCAAAGGGAAGCUUUUAGUCAACUCGGCCGAAGCAAGAUUGAACGGAUCGUGUCCUUUAAUGCCGGAAGAGAUUGGUAUUCUUCUACGUGCCUAUGGAUACACGAAGGAUGCGAUUAUAUAUGUAUCGGGAGGAGAAGUCUUUGGUGGUCAAAGAACAUUGAUUCCUCUUCACGCGAUGUUUGAAAACGUUGUUGAUAGAACAUCUCUUAGUACACCUUGGGAGAUGAUUCGAAUCUACGGACAAGAGGUUAACCUCGUUAAUCCUCCUCCAAGCCCACCGCCUUUCGAAGAAGUUAAAAAGCGUGCAGCUUGGAAGAACGCAGGCCCUCGUCCUCGUCCACUUCCUCCCCCUCCAGCAAAGCCGAAAUCGUAUAACAUAGAGGGUUGGUGGGGUUGGGUAGCCGAGAGUGAUAACGAACCAGAUAGUACCGUUAUGGAACUGAGAACCAAUGCUCAUAAGUUACUAUGGGAAGCUAUUGAUUAUGUGGUUUGUGUUGAAGCCGAUGUGUUCAUCCCUGGAUUUGAUCGUGAUGGGAAGGGGCAUUCGAAUUUCGCUAGCUUGGUGAUGGGGCAUAGGCUAUAUCAGUCGGCUGCGUCAAAGACUUUUCGACCCGACAGAAAAGAAGCUGCCAAAUUUGUAGACGAGAUUCGCGACCACAUGUAUCAAGCGAAUCGUACAUGGCUAAGAUCGGUUCGAAGGCAUUUGAGAAAAACAUUACUUGACGGAAUAAUCGAAGCAUCGAGUAAAUCAAAACCGUUGUCCUUUCUCUCUCAUCCAAUCCCCGAAUGUUCUUGUUUGCGGCAUGACUCCUCUGAAGUAUCGAAGAAUUCUUCUAGUCCUUUAUCUUCGCAAGUAUGGAAAACUCUUGGUGUUUCUCACAAGUGUCCUGCAUGGAUGGACACGACUAGUCCGGUUUCUCAAUCAAAAGAUAAGGAAAACGAAGAUGACGGCGAUGACGAUGAUUCUGUAUCUGGUUUAUUCUUUAAACAAAGUGGUGGAAAUAAUGAAGGCGAAGGAGGUGAAGUUAAUACUAAAGACGAAAAUCAAUUCGAGGAUCAAGAAGAGCUUGAGGGUGGCGAAAGGUGAUAUCCAAUAUAUGCGAUGAAGGUUCAUCUGACGAUUGAAAAUGGAUUCACAUUCUCCGAAUUCAUGUACAUAAUUGGUUGUUUCUUCAAACUUCCGCAAACCGGAUUUAGUUGAGGAAAGGAGAAAAACCUUGCUCAGGAACAUGGUUUUAAAUUGCGCUGCAAAUUUUUACAUUGCGGCAAAUGGCGAUAACGUUUGACUGAUGCAGAGGGCACAAUUGCUGUUACCGACUGCAAUUUAAAACCUUGCAGAAUAUAUAACAUAGGUGUUUACUCUACAUGCUAAUUUGUUGACAAGAUAUCAAUUUUGGUGUUACUUUGGAUGAUCCUCCUAGUUAAUAUUAGGUUUAAGUUCAGUUUGGAUUUAUUGGGUGGGUGGAUUUUAUUGAUGUAGCACUGAGAACUUAACUCCAUUUUUGUAUCUGAUAUGAGUAGUAAUUCUAAUUUACCCAUAUUCAUAUUUUUCAUUGUGAACAUAGAUUCUACCAUACAUACUUGUGUUAUAAAUUGCAAUGCCAUAAAUUGCAAAUAAGUUAUUUAUCCAAACAGAGCCUAACUGCAUAUGUUUGAAUGGAUACACCUUCAUGUAGCUUCAAUGUGAAAGCUUAUUUUCACAUGUGUCCAUUUCUAAACAGAUUUGAGACAAAUAACCUUCAUGACAAGUUUU